GCUAGAGUCUGUGCGAAUCAGCCUCGUCCUAUGCCCUAGAGGACUCUGCCGGCGCCCUCUAUGCCCUAGAGGUUGUCUAGCCGGCGUCGCGAGGCGUCCAGUAUGCUACACCCAGCAAAUCUUGUGCGGCCCUGGUAACUAGGCAAGAUUAUUCUGUCAUAUCUUUCGCUGGUGUAUCUGUCAUCGCCAAGGGCAGGCGCCUCGGCGCUGACACCUCAACUGCCACCCCCAGUGUCAGCGGGUAUCACUUGAUUGUCGUCCAAGACCACUCGCGCACGCGCCAACCCUUACUAUCUCACGGUUUCACCAUUGGUUGAUGCUGCUGAAAAAUCUUGUAUAACCCCGACAACUAUUACCGGGAUGAAGACGGCUAUAUACUACUUUGUGUUUUUCUCAAUGAGGAAAAGGAUUCCACUGCAGAACCUGUGAAGGCGCACGUCGUGUUCAGCUUCGUUGACGAGACCUACAAGCAAGAGUCGGCGCAUAUCCAUAGUAGCAAAAAAUUAGAGCUACGAGGCCAACACACUGAUGCGAUUAAGUACAUCAAGAGAGCAGUGUUGGACAAACAUCUCAAGAACGACAGUUUCACCAUCCGGUGUGACGUCGUGGUCCUAAAUCCAACAUGCGACUCCACCUUCAUCAUGGUGCCUCCGUCCGACAUGCAACAGAACUUCAUCGACUUUCUCCUGGCAGGGGAGGGCACCGACGUGGUCUUCCAUGUGGGUGGUGAGACCUUCGCCGCCCAUCGAUGUGUUCUCGCGGCCCGGUCUACGGUCUUUAGAGCAGCUCUCUUUGGGCCCAUGAAGGAGGGCACAUCGACGGACACCACUGUGCAGAUAGAGGACAUGGACGCUGCGGUGUUCAAGGCGAUGCUUGGGUUCAUCUACAGUGACUCAUUUCCUACGCUGGUGCUGGAUGAAAACGAGGGCGACCUGCUGCAGCACCUGCUCGUUGCGGCGGACAGGUACAACCUCACAAGACUCCAGGCAAUGUGCGAGAGGGAGCUGUGCGAGCACAUCGAAGUGGGUACUGCGACCACCAUCCUAGCGCUUGCCGAGCAGCACGACUGCAAUGGGCUGAGGAAGGCGUGCUACAAAUUCCUCCAGUGUCCGGACAACCUGAGGGCGGUGGUUGACACGGACGGCUUUGAUCAAUUGUGCAGGGGUUGCCCCUCUCUUAUGAAAGACAUGAUCCUCUCUUAUGAGGGCGGUGGUAGGACUUCAUAUUAAUGCUAGCUCUACAUAUUCCGGCGAUUUUCCCACUUCCAUUGUUUACUCUUUGUCAUUGCAGAAGGAAAAGAGAAUGAAGGUUGUUUGACUUAGAUCUAGAAAACUAUUGGAUCCAGCAGCCGAGUUGUUGAACAAGUCUGAGGGGUGGGUGCCAUUGGAUCACUGAUGGAUCUCGGUGCUACAAAUUUUUGGGCACGGUGCGUUCAUUGUUUUUUGAUCUGAUCGAUCUCGUGGACUACUAUCCAACAUACUGCAGAUUAUUCUGUCAUAUCUUUCGCUGGUGUGUCU